CUGAACAAAAGUUUUUUUCCUCUUCUUAACAGGGAAAUUUGAGUAAGAGGUUCGACCAAGAUGUCGGGAGGCAUAGCUGAUGAUGCCGGGAAAAUUCUGACAAUUGAUGACUUCGUCGAGGCCUUGGACAGGCGAGAGAGGUUACAAAGCAAUAUCCCAAGGGUCAACACCUUCCACUUUAAUGGGGAACAAGUUUCAAAAUGGUUGGAGUUGGUGGAACAGGCACUGGUGGGAUUAUCGGACGUAGUAAAAUUCCAACGCAUUCUGAAGUAUGUACUUUAUGGGUAUCACCAGGAGGUGGAUAAAGUGAUUAAUGCAGCCAACGAUAGUUGGUGGGCAAGAUUCAAAGAUGGAAUGCAGAGGAAGUACAAGUUGGGCGAUGGCUUCUUAACCACUUCAGACCUAGAAGCUAUGAAUAGGGAUGACUUCACCACGGUGGGAGCCUUUGUACACGAGUUUAAGAAAAAGACGAGAAAGGUCCCAGGGAUCUUUGAGGAGCCGCAGUAUGCUAUUUUUCUGGGAUUGCUCACUGCCUCAAAAGCGGCGGAGCUGACGAGCCAUGGAGGAGGAAGCGUGAAGCUCACCUGGGCCACUAUCGACAAAGGGGUAGAGGAAGGAAGCCUGGACCAGGUGGAGCAAUACCAAAUGCGCCUGCAAAGGCGAAAGAGGAAAGAACGGGAUGCGACCGCCUCAGGGACCCCGGAAGUGAAGAGGAUCAUCACCGACGUGCUUGCAGAGUUGGGUUAUGGGAAAGACGCGGUGAUACAAAAGAAAGUUGUGAUGACGAUCCAGGGAAAAGGAAAGGAUCCAGUGGUAGAGAAAGUCGUCCAGAAGGAAUGGGAAGAAAAGGAGCCGGUGCCCCAACACCUCUCAAAGGCGGUACGCAAACAGCGCAAUCUGACACAAGGAGGGCAAGGCUCCGGAAAGGGGCAGGCGCCCCAAGCAGUGGUAGUAGCAUCACCGAGUGCGUCGGCUCCGUCAAGUAGCGCGGGACCCUCACAAUCAGCGAUACCACCAUACGGGCAGUGGCCAUGGCCUGUGUUCAACACCUUUGUGUCAUGGGGUAGUCCAGCCCUAUCUUGGCAGAUGGUACCAUACGCUUGGCCCCAAGCGAGUAUGCCACCGCCAAGCUAUCCCGCAGCGCAGGCCCAACCCAUAGCGCCACCUCCGUCACCCGCGCCAAGUUCACAGGAUAGUGUGGCAGGAGGAGGUAAUCAAGGUCAGGGCAAUCAGGGGAAUGGAGGUAGAGGCGGCGGAAGAGGACGUGGUAGGAAUGGCGGUGACCGAGGAGGACAAGGGGAUAACCAAGGCUACAAGGGUCAGGGGAAUCAAGGGGGUCAUGGAAGCGGGAGGUUCCGUUUUGAUUGGAGAACCACUAUAUGCCAAUAUUGUGACAAGCAAGGCCACACCAUACAGUUCUGUAAUACUAGGCGGGAAGAUGAAAAGGUCGGACUGAUCUAUUCCAAUAUGGAUGGUGAUAUAUACGAUCAGUUCGGAGAGUAUAUCGACCGGAAGGUUCCAGGGGGAGACUCAAAGAAGGAUAGUUGCGCGGCAAGCGCCGCCUGCCACAUUCAGGUUGUGGCAGGAAAAGAAUGAUCCACCAAUUAAGGUGGAAGAGGUUGAAUAUGACAAGGAAGUGACUCAAAGGCUGCCGGCAGG